AGACACAGUUGCCUCCCUCUCUUUUUGGUUGUGUUUGGUUAUUUCUUUGUAAUUUAGCUACACAUAUUGAUGCAACUCUGAUAUCUCAUGUUCGUGGAAGGCAGUAAUCUUUUAUUUUUUGACUUACCUGCAUAAAUUUCAUUAGCUGAAAGCUCAAGACAUUCACAACGUUAGGAGAUAUCUUUUCCCCAACUCUUAAUUUCUCCAAUGAGUUCCCAAACAGUUUCUCAGAUUCCUGUUAUAGACCUUACAGAACAAAACUUGAAGCCUGGUACAGACACAUGGUUUUCAGCUAGCCAAUUGGUGCGUAGUGCACUGGAGAGUAAUAGUUGUUUCUACGCAGUGAAUGAGAAGGUUUCUAUGGAGCUUCACAACUCAGUACUUGCUCUAAUGGAAGAAUUAUUUGAUCUUCCACUGGAAACAAAAAUGAAAAAAACCAGUGACAAGCCUUACCAUGGUUACUACGAGCGAACUCCUCAGGCUCCUUUAUAUGAAUCUGUUGGUAUCGACUUUGACGGCCCCUUCAAUAAAGAAGCAAUUCAAAAGUAUGCCAACAUCAUGUGGCCAACAGGAUAUGAUCAUUUCUGUGAGACGAUCAAUCAGUAUGCAAAGUUGCUAGUAGAAACGGACAAAACUGCUAAAAGAUUACUGUUUGAUGCUUAUGGUUUGGACAACAGAGGCUGUGAUUCCCUGCUUGAAUCAACCAAUUACAUGCUUCGAAGCUUUAAAUACCUAGUACCUGAGAAUCAUGAGAAUAAUUUAGGAUUGUAUGCUCACACAGAUGUAUCAUACUUCACCAUACUACAUCAAAAUAAUGUGACAGGUUUGCAAGUUAAACUGAAAAGUGGUGAUUGGAUUGAUCUUAAUCCCUCACCUUGCUUGUUUCUGUUCCUAGCAGGUGAUGCAUUAAAGAUAUGGAGUAAUGACAGAAUAGAGUCAUGUGAACACCGAAUCAUCAUAAAGGAACAGAAGAAAAGGUGUUCCAUGGGGUUGUUUUCAUUCAAUGGUAAGAUGGUUGAGACACAAGAAGAGCUAGUUGAUGAAGACCAUCCAAUGCGAUAUAAACCAUUUGACCAUUAUGAAUACCUCACAUUUCGUCAAAAGUUUCCAUCACAAAUUUCCAGUUUUCUUUUAGCGUGAUUCAAUAAUGCAGAGGCCUUCCUCUGUAUUCUGUAGCCUCUCCUGUUGGUUUCUUCACCUUUCUGUCAUCUGAUCUAUCACUUUGUUUCCAAUAAUUGUAAUUUGGUUUGAGUGGAGUGUCUUUUACUGACUUCAGUGACAUGUACUUCAAAUAACCAUCAUAUUUUUCAUUUGAA